CCCCGUCAAACAUUAACAGCCCCUCGGCAAGGCAAGCGGCACAGCCGGCGGCAGCACCAGCCACCAUGGCAUUCAGCAGCCUCCUCACCUCCUCCCUCCGGCCCGCCCUGGCAGCUCUGCGCUGGGCAGCCCCCAGCCAGCGCCGGGGGCUCAGCACUCCCCGGGCAUCCGAGCCCUCGCUCAAUCUUGGGGGCAUCUUCCCACCCCUGGCCACCCCUUUCUCACCCACACAGGAGGUGGACUAUGCCCAGCUGGAGGGGAACCUGCGCCGCUAUGCCAGCAUCCCUUUCCGAGGGCUGGUGGUGCUGGGCUCCAACGGGGAGUAUCCAUACCUGGCACCCCGUGAGAGGGUGGAGGUGGUGAGCUGCGUGCGCCGGGCUCUGCCCAGGGACCGCUUGCUGCUGGCUGGCUCGGGCUGUGAAUCCACUCAGGCCACUAUUGAGCUGACAGUCAGCAUGGCAGAGGCGGGGGCUGAUGUGGCGCUGGUUGUGACACCCUGCUACUACCGGGGGUCCAUGACCACUGCUGCCCUGGUCCAUCACUACACAGAGGUUGGCGACGCAUCCCCCAUCCCUGUGGUGCUGUACAGUGUCCCUGCCAACACCGGCCUGGACCUGCCCACGGAGGCUGUCAUCACCUUGGCUCAGCACCCCAACAUCAUUGGGAUCAAGGACAGCGGCGGGGACAUCACCCGCAUGGGGCUGAUGGUCCACAAGACAAGGCAGGAGGAUUUCCAGGUGCUGGCAGGAUCAGCCAGCUUCCUGCUGGCAAGCUAUGCUGUGGGUGCCUCUGGGGGUGUGUGUGCCCUCGCCAAUGUUCUGGGUGACCCACUGUGUCAGCUGGAUCACCUGUGCCGCAAGGGCCAGUGGCAGGAGGCCCGUGACCUGCAGCACCGCCUCAUUGAGCCCAACAUGGCGGUCACCCGCCGCUUUGGGGUCCCGGGGCUGAAGAAGGCCAUGGAGUGGUUUGGCUACUACGGAGGUCCCUGCCGUGCACCCCUGGCCCCUCUGAGCCCUGCCCAGGUUGAAGAGCUGAGGAGCACCUUCAGUGCCAAUGGCUGGUUGUGAGGUGUUCUCCAUGUGCCCCUUCCCACACCGGGAAGGGACAGGAGUCAGAGACCCUGGGAACUGAGAACAUUCUGGGGACAGUGGGAGGUGGCCAGAAGAGGGCUGCCCAUGUUCCUCUUUCCCAUUGGACAGGGCUGCACUGGGCAAAGUGGGUAGAGGAGGGCAACCCCAGGCCACCCUGCGUCCCUGCCAGCCCCCAGGGUCCUGUUGUCUUUGCCUGCGAAGGGGUGGAUCCUUGUGCCAUGAAUAAAC